CAGGUAUUUAUGAGCCUCCAUUUCUUAUACUACUGCAGUGAACCAACCUUGGAUGUGAAAAUCGCCUUUUGUCAGGUGUGUGUUCCUCACAGGUAAAACAAGGGAUUCGAUAAACACGUGGAUGUGUCAUAUAUUGCCAAACAUUACAACAUGAGCAAAAGCAAAGUAGACAACCAGUUCUACAGUGUGGAAGUAGGAGACUCAACCUUCACAGUUCUCAAGCGCUACCAGAACCUAAAGCCAAUUGGCUCUGGGGCUCAGGGAAUAGUUUGUGCUGCAUAUGAUGCUGUCCUCGACAGAAAUGUGGCCAUUAAGAAGCUCAGCCGACCCUUCCAGAACCAAACUCAUGCCAAGAGGGCUUACCGGGAGCUGGUCCUCAUGAAGUGUGUGAACCAUAAAAAUAUUAUUAGCUUAUUAAAUGUUUUCACACCCCAGAAAACGCUGGAGGAGUUCCAAGAUGUUUAUUUAGUGAUGGAGCUGAUGGAUGCCAACUUGUGUCAGGUGAUCCAGAUGGAGCUGGACCAUGAGCGGAUGUCUUAUUUGCUGUACCAGAUGUUGUGUGGCAUCAAGCAUCUCCACUCUGCUGGAAUUAUCCAUAGGGACUUAAAACCCAGUAACAUUGUAGUCAAGUCUGAUUGCACACUGAAAAUUCUUGACUUUGGACUGGCCAGGACAGCGGGCACAAGCUUCAUGAUGACUCCGUAUGUAGUGACUCGAUAUUACAGAGCCCCAGAGGUCAUCCUGGGAAUGGGCUACAAGGAGAACGUGGAUAUAUGGUCUGUGGGAUGCAUCAUGGGAGAAAUGGUUCGCCACAAAAUCCUCUUUCCCGGAAGGGACUAUAUUGACCAGUGGAACAAAGUCAUCGAGCAGCUAGGAACUCCUUGUCCAGAAUUCAUGAAGAAGUUGCAGCCCACAGUCAGAAACUACGUGGAGAAUCGACCCAAGUAUGCGGGACUCACCUUCCCCAAGCUCUUUCCAGAUUCCCUCUUCCCAGCCGACUCUGAGCACAAUAAACUAAAAGCCAGCCAAGCCAGGGAUUUGUUGUCAAAGAUGUUAGUGAUCGACCCGGCUAAGAGAAUAUCGGUGGAUGACGCCUUACAGCAUCCGUACAUCAACGUUUGGUACGACCCUGCUGAAGUGGAGGCGCCUCCUCCUCAGAUAUAUGACAAACAGCUGGAUGAAAGGGAGCACACGAUUGAAGAAUGGAAAGAACUCAUCUACAAGGAAGUAAUGAACUCAGAAGAAAAGACUAAAAAUGGCGUAGUAAAAGGACAGCCCUCUCCUUCAGGUACUCACUCUCUGUGAAUAACCGAAAUGAUAGUAUUUGUGUAUUUUCCUGGCCUUUGAGGGACGUGGUCAUGAACA